CUCGCCACCGUAGCAUAAGUUAGGUUCUAAGAGAAAUUAUUGAAAUAUAAUUGUUAGUGAUCAAUCGAACGUCAUCGUAGCCACUCCUUUUCGUCGCGCUUUCGACAUGGUUUUCACAAGUUUCGCAAUUAAAAUCGUCUCGAACUACUGCGUUCACAAGUUUUCGCGUUGUUAAUACAAAAUAGCAUUAAAUUUUCAUGGUGACCCCGACGUGAUCAGCAGUAGAGUUCGCGAGUUUUAAUAUUUUUUUCGGUGAAAAACUAUAAACAAUAACAACAAAAACCAAUUUAUUCGUGUCGGUGCGGCCAAUAAAUUAAAUUCAAUAAUUUCGUCGCUGGAAAUUUUCUGCCGUUCUUGAAGUUGCGCCUGACGUUUCGGCAAAUUUAAUUGCUCAAUUUGCUGCUGCCGCCAAAUGGAAGUCAAAAAGGAAGUUGCAAUUAUCAAGUCGGCCAUCCAGGUUCGUGAGUCGUCGCGGGAUUCCGGAGAAGGUGUGGUGCGACAACGCCACCAAUUUCGUCGGCGCAGAUCGCCACAUGAGAGAGUUCCGAGCCCGUCUGGAAGAGCAGGGGGCGGUAUCGAAACAUUCGCAUCAAAAAAAAGGAUGCGAGUUUGCGUUCAUACCGCCCAGAGCACCGCACUUCGGCGGACUAUGGGAGGCAGGUGUGAAGUCUGCAAAGCACCUGUUCCUUCGGACGUUAGGCCAAGACCUCUUGACCGCGGAGGAGCUCGGAACUCUGCUCACCAGCGUGGAGGCCGUGCUCAACUCCAGGCCCCUCGGCGCUCUAAGCAGCGACCCGAACGACGGCGAGGCCCUGACCCCCGGGCAUCUGCUCAUCGGCGGCCCUCUUCUGGCCCCACCAUCAGCGGCGCUCCCGGACCAGAUCAGCCUAACCUGCUUGCGACGAUGGCGAGGUGUCUCGUCUCUCAGGCACAGGUUUUGGCAGCGAUGGUCCCGGGAGUACAUCUCCAGCCUCCAGCAGCGGUCCAAGUGGCACCAGGGGGAGCCCAACCUCGUCGUGGGAGCGCUCGUCGUCGUCGCAGAAGACAACCUUCCGCCCCAGCAGUGGAGGAUCGGAUGAGUGGUAGCGGUGAACGCCGGCGCCGAUAGCAAGGUUCGCGUGGCGGACGUCAGGACGCAGGACGGCGAAUAUCGGCGAGCUGUCCACCGACUGGCCCUGUUGCCCGUUCUGGGCUGAAGGACGUCGUCCCUUCAGAGGGGGCGGUGUUUGCGCACUCAGCGCUUGUAUUUAAAUCACUAGUUGUAGGGCGAGAGCGGGAGCCAAUAAAGCUUUCGUCUGUUCGCUUUUGCGAAUUCGCCCCGUCUCUCGCCACCGUAGCAUAAGUUAGGUUCUAAGAGAAAUUAUUGAAAUAUAAUUGUUAGUGAUCAAUCGAACGUCAUCGUAGCCACUCCUUUUCGUCGCGCUUUCGACAUAGUUUUCACAAAGUUUCGCAAAUUAAAAUCGUCUCGAACUACUGCGUUCACAAAGUUUUCGCGUUAUUAAUACAAAAUAG